CGUCACUGCACACCACGCCCACUCUCCCUCCAGCAUGGCUGCUCUCAAGACACUCCUCGCUCUUACUUGUCUAGGACUGGUUGUCGCCGAGGAGGCCCAGCGUGAGAAGCGCGGCGGAGGUUAUGGAAGUGCUGGCCAAGGUUAUGGUGGCCACGGAGGCGCCGGCUAUGGUACCGGUGGUGGCGGAUACCUGAUUGUUGGUGCUGGUGGCGGUGGCGGCCACGGCCCAAGUGCUGCUGAUAUCGCUAACCAGGCUGCACAUCAAGCUACUGCUGCCGCUGCAGGUCUUCCCGGAGCUGCCAACGCAGCCGCAGCAGCUGCAGCUAACCAGGCGGCUGCUGCUUCGUCAGCUGCAGCACAAACAGCUCAAGCUGCAGCGGCCACCAAACAGUCUCAAGCUGCACAAGUAACAACCGCUGCCCAAGGGGCGCAAGCUGCAGCUUUUUCUGAGGCUUCCUUGGCUACUCAAACCGCAAAGGCCGAACAAGAAGCUGAGAACACCUAUAAUCUGGCGGUGCAAACUGUCAACGACAUCGAUGCCGCUCACGCCGAGGCCCGAGGCAUCGUAGAGGAGACCUACCAGGCCCUGGUAGCUGCCAGAGCUGUGAGGGCAGCCCAAGCCGCUAUGGCAUGGCAGGCUCAACAAGCCACUUAUUCUCUCAACCAGCAACAAAGCCUCUCUCUCAACGACUUGCAGAAGGCAAAUCAGGCAGCUGCCCAGGCUGAGGCAGCAGCUGCUAAGGCGCUGGCCAAGUCCAAAAAUAGAGAUUAUGGACAUGGAUACCACUAAGACUGCAUUUCUGUAAUUCACAACCACACCAGUCGCUAACUCGUAUAUUAAAACUGUUGAUUAAGCACAACUAGUCAAAAAUAUGUAUAUCCUUUGAACAUUAUUUUGUAAUUCAAGUGUGUGUGGAUACAAGAAGAACCAUUGUGCCUGCGCCGCUUCUCUUAUUGAGCCAACAUCAUUACAUUAAAUCUCAUAUAUACAUAAUACAUCUAGAAAAAUAUAUAAUACUUUGCCUAGAGUAUGAUUAUGAUAUUGUGUAAAUAAUCUGUCAAAGAUAUAAUGAAACAAUAUCCGUGAUAGAAUAAUAAAGAAUG